ACCACACCUAUGAACUAUGAAGACUAAAGAAAUCGGCUAAAUUCUAUUAAAAAUGACUUUUAAAGUUUCCCUGUAUUCAGAUGCUAUUAAAUAACAUUCUUGUUACAAGAACAAGGGUGCUAAACUAUUAUUAUGACUGAUGAAUGGACACUCUAGUUUUGGUAGCUCCUCUCAAACAUGGCUUUCUUGGCUCAAAUGUGUUAUGAUAGUUCACCCAAAAAUGCAAAGUCUGACAUUUACUCACCUUCAUGUUGUUCUUUCUUCUGCAAAGCACAAAAGAUGAUAUUUUGAAGAAUGUUCUAAUUGUUCAUGCAGUGAAAGUCAAUGGGGGCCAAAGCAGCACUGGACCCCUCUGAUUUAUUUUUUAAAUAUCUUGUAAGUUAUACAGGUUUGCAACGUCAUGAGGUGAGUAAACGAUGACAGAAUUUUCUUUUUUGGGUCCCCAUUUCUUGAAUACCUGGUCUAUAUCAGCUGUUGACAUCAAUGUACCUGGUCUCCUCCAAAGGGCUUUGUCUUCAGUCGUGGCUUUGGGCGCGAACAUCAUCUGCAACAAAAUCCCUGGCCUGGCCCCCAGACAGCGCGCCAUCUGCCAGAGCCGCCCAGAUGCCAUCAUCAUCAUUGGGGAAGGCGCUCAGCUGGGCAUCAACGAGUGCCACUAUCAGUUUCGCUACGGACGGUGGAACUGCUCUGCCCUUGGCGAGAGGACCGUCUUUGGGCAAGAGCUAAGAGUAGGUAGCAAGGAGGCUGCGUUUACGUACGCCAUCACGGCAGCAGGUGUUGCCCACGCUGUGACAGCAGCCUGUAGUCAGGGCAACCUGAGCCACUGCGGCUGUGACCGAGAAAAGCAGGGCUAUCACGACCAGGAGGAGGGCUGGAAAUGGGGCGGCUGCUCGGCAGAUGUCAAAUACGGAGUAGAGUUCUCUAGACGCUUUGUGGAUGCCCGAGAGAUUAAAAAAAAUUCAAGGAGACUAAUGAACUUGCACAAUAAUGAAGCAGGAAGAAAGGUUCUAGAGGAAAGGAUGAAGCUGGAAUGUAAAUGUCAUGGUGUCUCCGGCUCAUGUACCACAAAAACCUGUUGGACAACUCUGCCGAAAUUCCGAGAGAUUGGCUAUUUGCUUAAGGAGCGUUAUGCCAAUGCCGUUGAGGUGGAGGCCGUGAGAGCCACGCGUUUUCGCCAACCCUCUUUCCUACGUCUCAAGCAGUCCCGUGGGUACAUAAAGCCCACAGACACAGACUUGGUUUACUUGGAGCGCUCGCCCAACUAUUGUGAGGAGGAUGCUUUGACGGGGAGCACGGGAACGAGAGGGCGGCUGUGUAACCACACGUCCCCUCACACAGACGGGUGCAACCUGAUGUGCUGCGGCCGGGGCCACAACACCCACCAGUACACGCGCGUGUGGCAGUGCAACUGUAAGUUCCAGUGGUGCUGCUUCGUUAAGUGUAACACCUGCAGUGAAAAGACAGAGGUGUUUACCUGUAAAUGAGCAAAAGGAAGAGUUAAAAGGUCAAGAAUGACAGGCUAGAAGCCAAUGGAAAGAAACAGGAAGUGUUUGAAACAGAAAUGGAAGUGUUGAAUUGGACGGCUUCAUUUUGCACAUCAGGCAGUCUUUAUGCAAGAAAGGCCUUUUGCCAAAAGAGAACCGGGAUGGAUAAAGAAGACGCUGGAACUUGAGAGGAAAAUGCACUGACCUCAGUCUGACUUUGUGGGGAUUUCAUACAAACAUAUGGACGCUAUAUAUGCAGCGCAAGGCUUUUGUAGAUAUCAGAUUCUCACAGACUUGAGGAAAGUCAAUUAGGGCCUGUUCUGAGGACCUGAUAUUGACACAAAACUCCUACUGGACAGUCUAAACUGUCCACAAAGGUGAUCUUUUUCAGAUUAAGGCAAGAGGAACUUGUAAAAUAUCCCACCAGCUGAGCCCCUAUGGAAGUUCGAGAGUAAAGAGGUGCUGCAAUUUUGCAACUUCGGAAAUGCUGGAAAGCUUCAGUCACACUGUAUCUGUUUGAACACUGAAAAAAGAACCCUUUUCCCUGAAAAUGUUCAUACUGUAGAUGUCUCGUAAUGGUACACAGAAGUAAAAACUUCUAAUGUCAUUGCUACUGAUCUGUUGCUUCCAAAACUCAAGCCGAAACAGUAUAGGACACUGCAUAUGUAAAAAGAGCUUAUUUUGCAGUUUACCGAUGAAGAAAAGUGGUCAAGAAAAUUGGCCAACUCAUUUCUACACUUAAGAAACCAUUAUUUUGGUGAAUAUGUUGCCAGUUGCUGCACUGGUGGUUAUGGUGCGUACUGUGGGCUGUAUGGAAACAAAAACCAAUUUUGUGUUUUUUUUUUUUUUUUUAUGAGAAGAGAUGCUUCCUUAGUCAAAUCAAGACUUGGUCAUGUAUGCUGCAAUGCUCUAAACGUGAGUGUGUAAAUGUGUGUGGGAACGAAAGAAAGAGCGUGUUUAGAUACUUCAUAGAGUGACCAAACCAUUCCCACGAAUGCCAGAGAAAUAGGAUUCCACAUCACUGCUCCGGCGUGCACAAGGUCUAGUUAUACUCCGCCUGAGCCAAUGGACCAUACAGCUAUGGGUCUGAAAAUGGUUAAAAGGUCACUGGAAAUAUUUUGAGUAGCAUUUGUUUUUAAUUUAAAUUGUUUAUACGAGUUAUAUAGCUGGCAAAUUUGUUUAAAUAUAUUUUUUUAUGUAGAGAAUAUGGCACUUUAUGUCAGGUAUAUUCAGAGUAAUUAUUAAUAAUAUUUUCCCUGUAAUGUUUUUAUUGUUUAAUUACAGAUCUACAAUUUUUGAACCAGUUUAAUUAGGUAAGCUUUUUUAAUGACUUUUCCUGAGUUGUCCAUGAUUUCUUUUUUCAGUUUGAUAUGAAAUCAUCUUCUCUUUUUGUUGUCUGGAUGUAUUUAUACUUUUUUUGGCAAAGAUUUACAGUAAAAUUGCUAGAUAAAUAAAUGAAUCAAACAGUUUGGAUCAAAUGCACGUCAACAUCUUGCUCGAAAGUUUCUUCCCAGAAGCACCAAGUGGCUUAUAGUUGUGGGUGUAGAUAUUGUGAAACGCUGAUCUCGAAGUGACGCAGAGCUGUUCCCACCUGGGUUUGAAUAGGCAUCCGACCUGGCUCAUUCAUUCACCCGCCGUGUGCUCUCUGCCCCUCUGGUCUUUUUCCUGUGGGUGAAAAGCAUUGCAGGCAGCCACCGAAGCAGAAGUAAAUUGGACCUGUUUUGUUAGCCGUCUGAAAUGCUGGGUACCGGAACCGCGUAAGCUCCCAACACUAUACCACGGAUUGAGAGAAAAGUCAACCCCGAUUGUUUCACACAAACAUUUUGUCAUUAAAAAAUAUGAGGCAGAAAAAACAGGGUGUGUUUGGGAGAGCAGAGGCCUCCACAGAGGGGUAUUAAUGCUACGGGGGUGUAUGUGUGUGGACCACUCAGCUCAUUCCAGAAUGGGACAGGGAGAGAUUUACAUUUACAUUUAUGCAUUUAGCAGACGCUUUUAUCCAAAGCGUCCUACAGUGCAUUCAGGCUAACAUUUUUUUACCUAACUUGUGUUCCCCUGGGAAUCGAACCCACAACCUUUUGCGCUGCUAACACAAUGCUCUACCACUGAGCCACAGGAAUGUGAUUCUGUGAUUCUAGAUGUGAUUCUGCAAGCUAAUACUUCUGGUCUGAUUCACUUAGGACACAACUAGAUGACCAGGAGAGCCAAAAAGUGGUGAGGGAUAGCCAGAGAGAGAGAAAGCGAAAGGCCUGAUGACUGAUUUCUGGUCACUUUGAGAGAGGUUGCUCUUCUAAUGUCCUACAGUGGGGAAAAUAUUUAUUUGAUCCCCUGCUGAUUUUGUAAGUUUGCCCACUUAUAAAGAAAUGACGGGUCUGUAAUUUUUAUGGUAGGUUUAUUUUAAUGGAUCGAGACAGAAUACCGACCAAAAAAAUCAGGAAAAAACAUAUAAUAUAAAGGUUAGAGAUUGGUUUGCAUUUCAGUGAGUGAAAUAAGUAUUUGAUCCCCUACCAACCAGCAAGAAUUCUGGCUCCCACAGAUUGAUUAUGUGCCCAUGUGGAACACAGAUUAGUCCUGUCACUUUAAGAAGUUACUCCUAAUGUCAGCUCUUUAGGUGUAUAAAAGACACCUGUCUGCACAAUCUGUAUCUUCCAUUCUAACCUCUCCCACCACCAUGGGCAAGACCAAAGAGCUGUCAAAGGAUGUCAGAGACAAGAUUGUAGAUCUGCACAAGGCUUGAAUGGGCUACAAGACCAUCAACA